AUGCCGUUUGGUGCAGUAUUAGAGUAUAGAAACAAUAGUAAAAAUAUAAAUGUUUUAAAUGGAGGUGUUUCGUACCACAGGUUUCCUAAAGAUGGCUCGAUCAAGGAAUCUUGGGUUAAGGCAACUGGCAGGCAAAACUGGUUGCCAUUUAAAAGUAGCAGCAUAUGCUCGGAGCACUUUACUGAAAGUGAUUUCUUAAUAUCGAAACGAGGAUACCACUAUUUAAAAACUUCGUCAGUGCCUACAAAAAAGAUUUUGUCUUAUAUUGAACCUACUAAUAAAGCUCGUAUUCUAAAUGAUAAUAACAUUAACGAAGAAAAAGUGAAAUCGAAGUAUUUAAAAGAUAUAGGCUGUAAAGUCAUCGAAGAUAUAGCUAAAAAUUUUGAGCCAGUUGCAGAAAAUUUUGUAGAAACAAAAGUAGUUCUACCUAACAAAACCUCCGAUAGGAACCAACAAAAUGGGAAUUACAUGUUUUCGCAAAUUCCAGACAGUAAAAUGCUAAAUGAACAGGAUUGCGUGGCACCAGAAACUCAUCCAAUAGUUAAAACUGUUGGAGUCAACGAAGGCGUGGGAAGUUCAACGUUUUCAACGCCAAGAAAACAAAAAUUAAGAUGUAUGUUAAGAUGGUCCGAAGAAAAAGUUAAAAAACAGAAUUUAAAUAUAAAGUGA